GCUUGGAAGCCGCGGAGCAGCGCAGGGACCCGCAGCGCUGCCGGCGGGACCCGCAGCCCCGGGCCGGGCUCCGAGGCGCAGCAUGCAGGAGUUCGUGGCGGGCUUGGUGGGCGGAGUUGCCAGCGUGGUUGUGGGCCAUCCCCUGGACACGGUCAAGACUCGGUUGCAAGCUGGACAAGGAUAYGGAAAUACACUCAAGUGUGUUCUCACUGUGUACAGAAAUGAGUCUGUGUCCGGCUUCUUCAAGGGCAUGUCCUUCCCUCUGGCCAGCGUGGGCAUCUACAGCUCGGUGGUGUUUGGGGUGUACAGCAAAACGCAGCGUCUCGUCACUCAGCUGCGCCUCGGGGACCCGGGCGCCGCGCCCUCGCACGCCGACAUGACCGUGGCCAGCGUGGUGGCAGGGCUCACCUCCGUGGCCAUCGGCACGCCYGUGGAACUGGUCAAGAUAAGGCUGCAGAUGCAAACACAGCGCUACGACAAAGGAAGCGUUAAACUAAAAUCCACAGCUCCUGGAUCUCCUGUGUACCGAGGCCCAAUUCACUGCUUUAGGACMAUCCUCCAGAAAGAGGGGAUAGCAGGAGUGUACCGAGGCACAGUAGCAAUGCUCCUGAGGGAUGUUCCUGGGUACUACACCUAUUUCAUCCCUUACACAAUGUUCUGUGACUGGAUAACUCCUGAUGGCAGCGUUUCUCCUAACGCCUUCUCUAUCUGGAUGGCAGGGGGUGUAGCAGGAGCUGUUUCCUGGGCAGUAUGUACUCCAAUGGAUGUUGUGAAAAGUCGAAUUCAGGCAGAUGGAGUUUAUUUAAACCAGUACAAAGGGACCCUUGACUGCAUGGUGCAGAGCUACCAGAAAGAGGGCUUAAAAGUCUUUUUUAGGGGCCUCAUGGUCAAUACACUGCGAGGAUUCCCAUCGAGUGCAGCCAUGUUUCUUGGCUAUGAAUGUUCCCUCAAAGCAAUGAAAAGGUGGCAAACUGAGACUAAUCCUUAACUUCCAGCGUUGCCAAGAAGACCAGAAAGUCUCCUGCUUCCCUGAGCCAGCUCAGCAGUGUGGUGUUGGUGAGGGCUCAGCUGCUCUGACCGAAGAUUCCCACCCUGCACCUCCAGCAGCUGCUGUGGACACUUGGUCUGUGGAGGACUCUGAGGAUGGCACCAUCUCAAUCAAAUCCAAAGACUAUUUUAUCAUCAAAUCUUCCACUCUGUUGGCUAAGAAAACCCUUAGUAAUUCCCRUGGUGGUGGUAGGCUUUUUCACCAAUGACAUUUUUUUUCACUGAGCCAGGAAAAAGCUUCUUCCCUUUCCUAAGGGUUGUACCCAAACCCAGCCCAUUUCACAUCACCACGGGAGUGUCCUUUGUACAACACAGCGUUGUAACACUCAUCUCUUUUGUGAACAAGGAAAGGAGGAAAUGUGGUGGGUACACAGGAGCUUCUUCUGCUGGAAGGUCUGGAUUCCCAUCAAAUCCUAGCUUGCUUUCAGGUUUGAAGAAGUGGGUGACUCCUUCCACACAAAUACUCAUGUUCUACAUCAGUUUGCCAUAAUUUAACAAAUUAUCAUGAAAAAUGUGGAGGGCUUCAACAACUUCAAUGUGUUAUCCGAUGCAUAAACUAAAUCGGGAAGGAGGAGGAUGUUAAAUUCAGAGACUAAGCUGCUUUUUUUUAUACAGAAAACAAUAAAACAAGUCUGCAUUUCAUACAGAAGGCUGCCUAUUAAUUUACAGCUCGCCUGGUGCAGCCCUCCAGGGAGCUGCUCGAGGCAUCUCAUUGGACCUUCUGAGCUCCCUGACCCGAUUUGCCAGCUGCCAAAUCCUACAGACAUCKCUGCAGCCUUGAGCAGACCAUCACCAAAGGAAGUCUCUUUAGGACACAGAGUAUUUCAGGACUCCAGCUCUUUGCUGCUAGCCCACUGAGACCAGGCCCAGUCUCUCUUUGGUCUACCUCAGCCUCUCAAUUAUUCCAACAUCUUUUAYAUCAUGAUUACUUCUGUUUAUGCUGUUCAAUAUCCUGAUGAUUUAUUUUCUAAGCAUGGAGCUUUUGAUGCCAAAGUCCAGGAAGAAUCAGCUUUGCUGGGAGAAGAGGACUCUGGUGGUACUGGCAGGAGAGGCCAAGGGUUUCACAUGGCAUGGUGGAACAAUCUAGGUCAACACUGUCAUCAGGAAAUGUUCUAGAGGAACAGUUUUCCUCUGGAGAAGAGCUCUGAGGGGAAAGCCCAGUGACUGCAGUUUUAGCAGAUGCCUUCAAAAAUGGUUUCUGAAGACAAUGUGGAGUUGUUGUUCAGCUCUCCUCCAUAAAAGAAGCAGAAGGAAAUUCCUACGUCCUCUUCCCUGUAUGGAUGGAGGAAUUGGUCACAACACUUGAAGAUCUCAGCUGGAAGUGCCUAAAACUUUGGGUCUGGAGCAGUGUUUGGAAAUGGGGUCACCUACUUUGGGCUCCUCAUCACUGGGGCUCAGAYUAAAAACAGAAUGUGUGUGCUCCCAGAACUGGCCCUAAAAUGUGGAACAAACAGCUCAUGUUGCUUCAUCUCAGGACUUGCCUGUGUGACGGCUCACAGUGCCUUUGACCUCCGUGAGAACUGUUUUUGAUAAACAAUAUGGAUAAAAUUGAUGAGCCUUCACACAAGUAUUUGUUGCUGGCUGCAUUAAAGGAUUCAUCCUUUCCAUGUUGUCUGUUUUAAUGCGUGCAUGUCAAACAUGUUUUUCAAAUGGAUGAUAUCAUAUCUCCAUGGAUAAUACUUGGCCAGACUAUUUUUUAAUGAAAAUAAAUGGUGCAUUUAUCUGCCUGAAUAAUGUAAAAUGGACCAUGAAUUA